AUGGCUACUGGCAAGGAGAUUAGAAUUGUAUCUCUUUUGAUACUCGAUACGGUGUUCUUCCUUUUGGAAGCCAUCAUCGGUUACACCGUUCACUCUUUGGCUCUUAUUGCAGACUCUUUCCAUAUGUUGAACGACAUUGUGUCGUUAGUGAUUGCACUCUGGGCUGUCAGAGUCAAAAAUUCCAAACCUGCUGAUGGCAAGUACACCUAUGGCUGGCAAAGAGCAGAAAUUUUGGGUGCAUUGAUCAAUGCGGUGUUCUUGUUGGCACUUUGCUUUAGUAUCAUCAUCGAGGCCAUCCAGAGAUUCUUCGACCCUCAAGUUAUUUCGAACCCCAAGUUGAUUUUGGUGGUGGGAACUGCUGGGUUGAUUAGCAAUGGUGUGGGUCUUGUGUUGUUCCACGAACACGGACACUCCCAUGGCCAUAGCCAUAGUGCUUCCGUAGAGGAGGAGAAUGUGGGCCACUCACAUGAGCAUUCCCACGGAAGCAUUGAAGGUAAUGGCUCAAGUAAUGGUUCAAGCACCAAUAUUUCAGAGUACUUGCCCGAUACUGUGGUGGACAGAUACGACGAAAGAUCUUCGUUAAUGUCCAAGAAGCAAGAGAAGCAGAAGCACAAGAAGAAAUCCAUGAAUAUGGAAGGUGUGUUCUUGCAUGUCUUGGGAGAUGCUUUGGGAAACAUUGGUGUUAUUGUAACUGCUUUGUUCAUUUGGAAGACAAACUACUCUUGGAAGUACUAUAGCGAUCCUUUGGUUUCUUUGCUCAUUACGGCAAUUAUUUUCUCGUCCGCUUUGCCUUUGUGCCGCAAAUCGUGUAAGAUUUUGUUGCAGGCUACCCCAGCAAAUGUUAACUCCAAUAAGAUUGUGGAGGAAAUCACCUUGAUUCCCGCAAUCAAAUCCCUCCAUGACUUCCAUAUUUGGAACCUUAACGAGGACUUCUUGGUUGCCUCUGUUCAUAUUGAAUUGAACAGUUCGGAGCAAGAUGAAGCUGUCAGCGAGAACGAGACGAUUAACAAAGCAGCCUUUGUGGAAGUUGUGGGACUUGUCAGAGAGAUCUUGCAUAAGUACGGUAUUGAUAGUGUCACUAUCCAGCCCGAGUUUGCUACUAGAAAACCUGGUUCUGUCUACGGUGCAACCACCACCGCUGCCUUCUGUGGAAACUAG